AUGAGGCCAGGAAAAGAGCAGAGAGACCUUUGCUGGGGCGAUUUGCAAUUAAAAACAGAUUCGGAGGGAAACUGCUUCAUCGAGUUUAACAUUGAAAGACUAACGAAAACGCGUACCGGCGAAAACCCUCGAAAUAUUAGAGAGAAGAAACCUAAAAUGUACGAAGACAAGAGUAACGCAGAUCGCUGCCCCGUCAACACCUACUUGGCUUACAAAGAGCACCGGCCCACAAGCAUGAUGACCGAUGAAUCUCCUUUCUAUCUUGCGGUUAAUAACGAAAACCCAAAACCUGGUCAAAUGUGGUUCAAAUGCUCUCCGCUUGGAGUCAACUCCUUGAGAAGCAUGCUCAAGAACAUGAUAAGAGAUUCGGGCCUAGAAACAGAUAAAAAACUUGUAAAUCACAGCACAAGAAAGCAUUUGGUUCAGAAGCUGGUUGAUAAUGACAUACCGCCAAACGAAAUCAUUCAGAUCACUGGACAUAAAAACGUUCUCUUUAAACAACUACUCAUCUUUAUCCGACAAGAAACAGCAGCAGAUUUCCGCUGUGUUGUCUAAUGCUGCCAGUACCAGCCAAAGCUUGUCAGCCGUAUCUAUAUAUUGAAGAGAAUACUAAAGCGGAAAGCUUUUUAUCGGGUGCAACUUCGGGAAGUUUAUUUCAAAAUUGCCAAAUCGCAACGGUAAAUGUCCAAGUUUAUCAGUCCGGUCGA